CUCGUGAAGCCGGUCGAACCGGCGUCUUAUAUGAUCUCCUGAUGUUUGGAUUCGUCAUUACGCGGCCGUCUGCUCUCUUCGUUAUCGCCCCAAGAAUCAACAGUCGACAGCAAAAACCUGUCCCACAAGCGUUUUUUUUUCUUAAUGCUAACAAUGAAUCAACCCCUCCCCCAGCCUCGCGGCCGUAUGGAAACUGCGGGGAAUCAUGUAUCAUGAAAGGCGGAUCUCGAAGGGUCAUCCUUGCUGAAUCCCGGACUUUGGCAUUCCAAAGAUGCUUUGAGUAUACACACUAAGCCAAGCUGGACACGGAAGCUAAAGUUGGUUUGUCCAGACCCUUUCCGCCGAUGCGUGGACGUGUUUCAACCUUAGCUUCACGUGCUCCAGCUCCCACACGCCCCAGGCGUGUCUCCGAAGCGCUACUUUAGUCUACGGAGGAAGGGAUAUCGACCUGUCGGGAUAGAUUCGUCAGUUAUAUGUGUGGGGCAUGGUUUCCUGCACUGGAGAUCUACAUAAAAGCCCCAGACUUGCUCCUUUCUUGUUUCGGUCACAAAGAAUACAUAAAUGCUGCCAAAUACGACUUCAGUCCUGUCUUUCCGAGGUCGAGCCUGUGAGACUUGAGAGUGCGAGACGGGUUCGCUUGACGUGAUUCGGGUUGAGCUGUACCUCCACCAGGAAGUGAGCAACACAUGCGAUGUCUGCUGCGAGUGUUGCACGAUAGGGACUGUUGUUUGAUUUCAGACCAGAAGCUAUCCUUAUCGGAUGCCAUCUACGAGAACUGGCGAGAAUUCAUCGCUUGUACAUGACUGGAGCGCGGACUAAUUAUGCUUGCCGCAUACGAGCUCAACACUCGCAUAGCUGACUUACCGUCUCUUCUUCAAACCUCGACAAAAAGGACACGAUACAAAUAGAGGCCGCAUUAAUAGCUACUCUACCUAUUCAUACAUAGUCGAAGCACAUUUUUUGCUUCAAUUCUCGUGUGCCCAUGAUCUGUUGGAGCUCUUACACGGCUAAGAUCUGCACUACAACACAAGUCAUGUUUUUGAGAAUGACGAGAACGACCGUUUCUAUAAUGAUUUCAAUGUUAAUCUAGACCACGCACACGCGCCACACGUGCUAUAUAUAUAAUACACUUCUCUCCUACAUUUAUGUAACUGCUUCGCUUAGCCCACCAGCCCUAAAGAGCGGAACUCGGGGCUAAUCCGAAUGAGGUAAUAUCAAGAACACUCCGCAGAAGUUCUGCUCUUCGCCGCCACCAAACUUUGCAAAUUUACUAUCGCUCACUUUCUUUUGCAUCGAGGCUCACGAUGCCCUUUGCGCAGCUCGUCAUAGGGCCUCCAGGCUCUGGAAAGUCGACUUACUGUGAUGGAAUGCACCAGUUCAUGUCAGCCAUCGGCCGAAGGUGCUCCGUCGUCAAUCUCGAUCCCGCAAACGAUCAUACUUCAUACAAGGCCGCCCUAGACGUGAGGGAGCUGGUAACGCUGGAUGAGAUUAUGAAAGACGAUGAGCUUGGCCCUAAUGGCGGCGUGUUGUACGCUGUGGAAGAAUUAGAGCACAAUUUUGAAUGGCUCGAGCAGCGGCUCAAAGAGCUCGAAGACGACUAUGUAAUAUUCGACUGUCCGGGCCAGGUUGAGCUCUUCACGCACCACUCGUCCCUCCGCAACAUAUUUUUCCGCCUCCAGAAAAUCGGGUACAGACUAGUUGUUCUCCAUCUGACCGACUCGUUUGUCCUUACACAGCCAUCGUUAUACAUAUCCGCGCUGCUUCUUGCCCUGCGAAGCAUGCUGCAGAUGGACCUCCCGCACUUGAACGUGCUUACGAAGAUUGACAACCUGAUCAACUACCCACCGCUGACGUUCAAUCUUGACUUUUAUACCGAGGUCCAGGAUCUCGAAUACCUUCUGCCAGCCUUGGAUUCGGAACGCAGUGGGAAACCUCAGCGCACAGAAGAAGAGAUUGACAAUAUGAGUGACGAGGAAGCGGACGAAGAGAGUGAGGAACCAAGCAAGUUCUCCGCGCUAAAUCGCGCCAUCAUAGAGCUCGUGCAAGAUUUUGGGCUCGUAGGAUUCGAGACGCUCGCGGUUGAGGACAAGCACUCGAUGGCAUCACUUCUCAAGGUCAUUGACAGAGCCAGCGGCUACGCUUUUGGGACGAAGGACGGGGCGGCGAAUGACAGCGUUUGGAGGGUCGCAAUGAGGGAUUCUGGGAUUACGAUGGAUGUGAGGGACGUUCAAGAACGAUGGAUCGAUCGAAGAGCCGAAUUCGAUGAGAUCGAGCGACAAAAAUGGGAGGAGGAGAGUAAGCAGUGGAAAGGAGGAUACGACGCCAUGGAUGUCGACGACGUGGACGGGAUGCCCACAGGCGCGAGGGGAAUGAUGGGAAGAGAUACCGUGAAUGGGAUCAAGAUUGUGAGGAAAGGUCAAUCAGAGCCCAAAGGUGGGUGACUUAUGAAGUUUCUCCACAGAGGAAUUCUGGUUCAGUAGAUGGCGUGCAGACUUCGACUGUUAUGGCUGGGUCACAUCGCAAGCGGGAUGAUAGAUGAUGACAAUCACGCAUUCUUGCUACCCAAUGCUUCGCUUCGCUCAAAUCGUAUCAGUAGUAGCAAUUCGUAGCGUAGAUACUUAUCGAGCUGUGGAAAAGUCGAGAAAGGGCAGCUUCAUUAAACGCUGUAUCAUAAGCAACAUUAAUCCCAGGGAUUCUGAAAGCGUUCAAUCCAACAUACAUUCUG